AUGACAGGAAACCACUGUCUCUGCGAUGGAAGUCAAGUGCUGAAGAUGACGCAAUGGGCCUUUGGCAAUUGCCGACCAAGCGAGCACGGCAUCGGCAUCGUUCGAGUUACGGUAGCAGCAGGGUUAACCGGGGAGGACUUUGAUGUGAUCGAAGAUGUGACUACCCACAACACUGAAACCGGCGGCGACGGCUGGAUCUCACGUACCAGGAUGAUUACUGGACGGUAUUGUGCAACUUGA